AUAUAGCAACACUGCCAACAGGGCACCUUCGAUCGAUGGGUUGCUGUCAAAAUUUCUACUUUCUAAAAUAUUUAUAAAAUUACAGGAACCGCUCGAAUUUUUGUUGCAUCCACAAACAGAGUUUACGUUUUAUCUUAAACAUAAAUCUAGUGAUGAUAAGACUGUGAUAGCUUUAUUGUAGAGAUAGUGAAAGUGAUUUGCCGUGAUUCUGCAGGUCAAUGAUAGUGACGAAGCUAUUCACGAGGAUUGAAACAUAUGUGUGGCGGCCGCACGCGAAUGUUACAUAAGCAGACGUAGUGGCGGCAUGUCGUGGACGAAGCGCGGGGGAGCGGGCGCGGCCCCGGGCCCCGCCGCGGCGCAGCCUUAUGGAACAGAACCAAACAUGUAUCAGAACUAUCAGACAAGUAAUAUGGCAGCACCUCCACAGCAGCCCCAGCAGUACUGGGCGCCACCAGCGCAGCCGCAGCCUGCGCCUGCUUACAACCAGCAGUAUGGCCAGGUCUACCAGCAAGAUUAUGGUGCCAAUAAUGCCAAUCAGGCCUACCCACAAUACAACCAGAACUAUGCCAACCAGACCUACAGCCAGGCUGCCCCGCAGCCUCCCUACCAACAGAACUACUAUUCAAAUCAGGCUGUGCAACAACAACAGAAUUAUGGCCAGCCCCCGGCUAAUGUCAAACAGGAUGGCUGGGAGGACAACUGGGACUGGGGCUGGGAGGACUCCGCCAAGCAGCAGGGCCUGGCACAGCAGCAGGUAGCCCCGCCACACUCCCUGCCACAACAGCCACCUGCUUUCAACAAUGCCAAUGUUAUUGAGGAGAGUUUCUCAUCCUCCAACACUUGGAAUUGGGCCAUGGAAGAUAAGAAGGAGGCAGCGGGUGUGCCAGCCCCCGCCCUCGCAGCGCCGGCCGCUCAGCCCCCCGCACCCGCUCCUGCGCCGGUGCCGCCCGGCGCCACGCCCGACCAGCUCAGCCGCGCCGCCAGCGCCACUAGUGAACACAACAGCCAAAGAAGUGCCAGCAACCAAUCAGCACAGAGUGCGGCCGAGGAGGUCAGAACACUGAAUGAUAAAGAAAUCAUCAAGGAAAGGUUACCAACUCUAGCUCUAGGAAAGAGGUUCCAUUUAGAAAAUUUAACACCUCAAUGGUCUAUAGAGUCCCAGAUGUCCCAGGAGUCUAGUGAUGGAGUGCAAACUCACUCUGAGAGCACCUACCUGAGCGAGAAUCAAUCUAGGAAUUCAAAUUCAAGUCCUGUGAAUGCAGAAAAUUACAAUUCACACUCAGGUUUUGAAGUAAAUAAUGCAGAAUGGGCCCAACACUCGCCCGAGGAGCUCACUCAAACUGAUAACAGUCAAACAAAUUAUAUCCAGGAGGAUCAUGAGGACAUAGCUAGCUCACUGCAGGAGAUGAGUAUUGCCAGCCGGGACACCCCGUCCGUGACCUCAGCACACUCCAUGCACGAAGAGCGGCCGGCGCCGGAGCCAGCCCCGCCCCCCGCUGUCGCCCCGCCCCCUGCUGCAAACCCGCCCCCCGAUGCCGCCCAGCCCCCUGCUGCUGCCCUGCCCCCCGCGGUAGCCGCGCCACCUGCAGUGGCUCCCCCUCUGGCUACAGCGCCGCCACAAAACGCGCCGCCGCUGCUGCCGCCUCCACCCACGUCAGCCCCGCAACCACUGCCUCCGCCAUCUACAUCGAACCUCAACAUGGCUGCCGGGACCAAUCCCUUCAAGAAUGCUGGCGGGUUCUCGCAUAAGCCCGCAUCUAUGAGCAGCGCCGCGCCGUCGCCCAGCCCCUUCGUGCAGGUGGACGACGCCGCGCCGCCGCCGCUGGCGCGCCUGGAGUCGCCGGCGGCCGUGGCGCGCGCGCAGCCCCCGCCCGCGCAGUACGGGGCCAACCUGGAGACCACGCCCGACAACUCCGAGCGGCCGGACGCGCCCCCCGCGCCGCGCCGCGCCCCCGCGCCCCGCGCCGCCCCCCCGCCCCCCGACAACCUAGAGGUGGCGCCGCAGCACGACCGCAACCAGUACCUGCAGACCGCGCACCUCUCCGACUACGAGAACACGGACUUCAGCGGCCCCGCGCCGCCGCCCGGCCUGCGCCGCAUGGUGCUGGGCCAGCACGAGGGCGCGGGGGGCGAGGGGCCGCCGCCCGGCCUGGCGCGCAUGGUGCCCGGCCAGACCACGGAGCGCGGCUACGAGGGCGGCUACCCGGACCGCCGGGCGGACGGCCAGCCCACGGACUACGGCGCCGCGCCGCGCCAGUACCCCUCCUACGCGCCGCCCUCCUACAGCCCCGAGCAGCGCGUGGUGACGGGCGGCGCGCUGGAGUACCCCGCGCCGCCCGCCGCCGACCAGCGCGAGGGCGCCGUGGAGGGGGAAAACCUGCAGGACGCGGGCCCCGCGCCCCCCGCCCCCGCCGCCGACCCCGCGCCGCCCUCGCGCCGCCACUCCGCCGCGCGCACGAGCGGCGAGGACUCGGAGCGCGCGCCGCGGCGGGAGCGGGACGCGGCGCGGGGCGCGGGGCGGGAGGGUGGGCGCGACGCCCGCCACGCGCGCGACGACCGCUCGCCCGACCGCCGCCGCGACCGCGACCGCGACCACCGCCCGCGCGACGACAGCGCCGAGCGCCGCCGCCGCCGCCGCCGCGCCGGACGCAAGUACGACACCGAGGACACCGACUACUACAGCGACCGCGAGCGCGACCGCAGGCGGUACCGCGAGGGCUCGUACGCGUCGAAGCCGCCGCGGCCCGAGGACAAGGAGCGCCGCCACCGCGACGAGCGAGACCGCACGCGCCGGUACAACACCGCCGAGCGGGACGGAGCUAGUCGCUACACCGCCGAGCGGGACGGAGCUAGCCGCUACGGCACGGUGGAGCGAGACAGGAGAUACGAGGACGAGCGGGACGGGGGCAGCCGCCGCCGCUCGGACCGCGACCGCGACCGCUACCAGCGCAAGUACCGCGACAUCGACCCCGGGAACAAGUACGGGAACAUCAGGAAGGAGGAGGACGAGCGGCGCAGAGGCGAUGUGUCGCCGCCGUCGCGGCCGCACUCGCGCGAGGCGCCCACCGACGACGACCUCAACGCCAGCGCCAGCCUGCGCCGCCGCCACCGCCGCCGCCCCAACUACGACCCGUACAUGGAGCUGUCGGACCCGUACGAGCUGCAGCGGCGCCAGUACGAGUACUACGAGCAGCUGCGCCGCAGCGACCCCGCCGCCUACAUGCAGGUGUACCAGCAACUCAUGGCAGGCGAGACGCCCUACAUUCCGCCGCACAAGCUCUAUCCAUUAGGCUACGGCCCGCUGAGCCGCGCGGAGGAGUCCCGCGGCUCCGUGCACUCGGGCCGCUCCAGUGCCAACGGGCUCGCCGGCAAGGACACUCGCAGCGAGGUGGCGGCGCGGCGGCGGCGGGACGCUCCUUCCGUGGCCACCGACUACUCUGACAGAGACUUGAACACGGACGCGUCGCUGAACCUGCAGCUGGACUCGUCCACGGUGCGCUCCGACCGCCUCACGCCAUUCCGCUUCUCCACCGCACACGUUAAGGGCAGCAUACGAGGCACACGGCUGGUGCUGGUGCUGGCGGCCGGGCCGGUGGAUGCUGCCUCCCCGGUGCGCCUGCUGGACGUGGCCGCCGCGCUGCAACACGACCCCGCGCACAGACAGCUUAGUGAAUACCCGGGACCGCUCGUUAAAGGCGUGACUCACAAGAAGAGCGUGAUCGAGUACUGCAGCGCCCGCGCAGCUGAGGCGAGCAGCGAGCAGCGCGACCCGCUCGGCCGCGCGCUGCUGUGGCGGCUGCUCGCGCUGCUGUUGACGCAGAACGGGACGGUGGUGGGCGCGGACAUCGCGGAGCUGCUGAUGCAGAGCGCGCGCGACCACCCGCACCAGCCGCCCGCGCCCGCAGGCAAGCACGCCAGGAACGGUCGGUCGGGGUCGUCGCUGGGCUCGGAGCGCUCGCGGGACCGCUCCGCCGCCGCCUCGCCCGCGCUCGAGACCAACGACAACGACGCAGGUCCAGUGGAGGUGCUGGCGCCGCUGCUGGCCACUUCAUCAAAGGCCCAGAUCCCCGAGGAGCAGGCGCUGCAGCAGUACCGGACGCUGCUGCUGGCCGGAGACCGUCUGCAGGCACUCGAGUACGCGAUGUCGGCGGACCUAUGGGGGCACGCGCUGCACCUGUCUCUGCACGUGCCGCGCCGCGCGCGCGCCGCCGCCGCCGCCGCCUUCCUGGCGCGCCUGGCGCCCGCCGACCCGCUGCUCACGCUGUACCACGGCCUGGGCGCGCAGCCGCCGCCCGCCGCCACCUGCGUGUCGGACGCGCGGUGGGGCGACUGGCGGCCGCACGCCGCCAUCCUGCUGGCCAACAGCGGCCUGCGUCCCGACCACGAGCAGCGCACGCUCAUACAGAUGGGUGACAGCCUGAUGUCCCGCGGCCUCCUCUACUCGGCUCAGUUCAUCUACUUAUCCGUGGGCGUGCCGUUUUCCCCGCACCCCCUCGCCCCUCUCUCCGCCCCCGCGCCCCGCGCCGCGCCCCCGCGCCUGGCGCUGCUGCUGGCCGACAGUCGCGCCCACAAGCUGCAAGCCUUCGCGACGAAUGAAGCCAUCUUUGCCACGGAGAUCUAUGAAUACGCCAUGUCGCUGAAUCAGGAGUUCGUUAUGGAUGAUUUGCAUGUGUACAAGUUCCUGCUGACGACGAGGCUGGUGGACGCGGGGCUGUACGCGCGCGCGCUGGCGUACUGCGAGCGCAUAGCACGGGACGUGACGCGCCGCCCGCCCCGCGCCGCGCCCGCCCUGCCCGCGCGCCUGGCCGCCCUGGCCGACAGACUGAAGUACCACGAGCCUCAGCUGGACGAGGACGCGGCGGCGUCGGGCGAGAGCGAGGCGUCGCCGCGGCACCAGUGGCAGGACGACAUCCGCCAGCUGGCCGACACGCUGCAGAACUCGGCGCACAGCACGCCCGCGCACGCGCCGCCCGCCGCCGCCGCCGCCGCCGCGCCCGGCUACGAACAGUACCAGUGGGGGGAGACAACGUCGCAGUACCAGCAGCCCGCGCCCGCCGCCGCGCCCGCCGACUACCCCUCGUACUCCGCCGACCAGACCUACUCGUACAACGAGGACUGGUACGGACGAGAAGACCAGACUGCCACUCAGGAGACCAACUACAACCCUGAAGAGACCACCUAUGCCAGAGAGGAACAGAGCUAUGCAAGGGAUGACCAGAGUUACGCGAGGGAAGAUCAGAGCUAUGCCCCCGAGGAGCAGAGCUAUGCGAAGACGGAGGACCAGCCGACGUACGGAGAGUCGUACAACCAGUGGCAGGGCGAGUCUACCUACGGCUAUAAUGAGGCGCCGUCGAUCAGCAUGCCGGGCGCCGCGCCGCCCGCCCGCCCCAGCCUGUAUACCGACUACGACGAACCACACACGGACGAGAAACAGCCGGCGAGCACGGACAAGAGCAAGAAGGAGGAUGCUAAGAGCAAGGAGGACACUGCCAAGGCGCAGAAGGGCGGCGGCUGGCUCGGGGGCAUCCUCACCAAGCUGAGCCUGCGCGCGCCGAAUCAGAUGAUCCUGCCUGAUGACAAGAACCCCACCAUCGUGUGGGACCCGGAGACGAAGCGCUGGAAGAACACAGACGGCACCAGCGACGAGGCGGAGCGCGCGCCGCCGCCGCCUCCGCGCGCCACGCCACAGCAAAUGUCCGCAGCGGCGCCGCCUGCCCCCGGAGCGCCCCCGGCCCCCGGAGCGCCCCCCGCGCCGGGAGCGGCCGCGCCCCCCGCCCCCGCCGCCGGCCCCGCGCCCCCCGUCUCCAACAUCUUCAAGAUGCAGAAGGGUAGACACAUAAAGAAGUCGUACGUGGACGUGUUCAACCCCGGCGGCGCGCCCGCCCCCGCCCCGCCCCCCGCCGAGCUGCUGCCGCCCGCCCCCGCCGCCGCGCCGCCCAGCUACUUCGUGCCCGCGCCCAUGCACCAUGCGCAGGAUAAUAGUACUGUUAAUGGUUACUAGCACUAGCAGAGUGGCUACUCCGAGUCGACCACCGAGGAGGCGCAGUCGCAAUGGGGCCACUGACGUGACUUCACGUCGCCGCAGUGGGGCCACUGACGUGACGUCACGACGCCGCAGCGACCGCCGACGCCCGCACUGGGACGCAGCAUCCGGUCUCAAGGGACGCGGUUAAACAACUACCUAAUAUAAAUAAAACCUUGCAUCCACUCUUAUGUGGCUACAUACUCCUGGCACGGCUCAAUUUACAUGGGCAGUAUGGGCACCCAUUUAAUACGGGUGAUUCGCGCCUGUGACAUGGCAUCAGAAGCCCACAAGAUUUUAAUUUCGAAUGGCGUCAUUUGCAAAACCACAUCAAUAGGAAAAACAUCUUAUAAUUUUUUCUUCUUUUUAUAAGUUUACCUAAUUCUAUAAUAAAGUUUAGUGAGCAGUGGGACAGGGGCCGAGAUCUCGAUGCGUUAACUUAUUGAUACGUAUCCAUCUCACGACACUUGUUAGCGCGCGGGCGCUUUUAUUAUAUUGUAGGAAGAACGGGACAGUUAUAAUAUCAUAACACCAUUAUUAUGUGACAAUAGCGUAUAUUAAUCAUGUUAAGAAUUUAGGUAGCAGUUUGUUAAAAGAAGUUUAGAGUGUAAAUUAUUCACAAAUCAUUCCCAUACUCUAAAAAUAAAAGCUAUCCACCACGAAAUGUAGACAUAAAACUACUGUUUAAGUUUUGUGGGAAAGGAUAAUUAUAAUCAUGAUAAGUCACAGUAACUAGUGGCGCCUGGCAACAUCUACAUCGGCAUGCUUGGCAACUAAACGUGUUUAGUUGUGAUCUAGUGACGACAUAACGACGAGACGUAGGCUAGCAAAUAUAUUUUAAUUUUCAACUUUAUUUUUACUCUAUUAGAAUUUUCUUUCUUUAUACUUUACUUAUAUUCUUUAAUUCAAUUUUAAAUAUUUCAUUAUGCUCGUAUAUUUCAUCAUUUAUUUUCAUUUUAAUUAUUGGGAGAGUUAAAAAUUGGUAUUAUUAUUUUUCGUUUAGGUAGGUACUUUUUUUUGUUCUUUCAUAGAAAGUAUAGAAAUAUAUUUGAAUUGGUUGUUUUAGUUUGGUGCAAUCAGAGUUUAUUCUAUUUCUCUGUUAGUUAGACAUAGUCAGUAAUAUAAAUCACUGUUCUUUGAUGGUUCUUUACAUAUUCUUUUAUUCAUGAAUUUAGGUUUGAUUGUGUAAAAUAGAGUCAUUAUAAUGUACAGAAGACAUUAAUUGUAUUAUGUAUAAAAUGUGGAGGUAUGUACAGAAUAGCGGCUGGUCCAGACAUCCCGCGGGGAACGAUAUAUAGUAUCUACGUAUUUGUAUAUUUGGAGUGUAAUAAAAUGAGAGGAAUUUGGUAGACUCAUUAAAUGGAUUUCAAUGUAUUCCGAGAUAUUGUAUUAUAAUGAUUCAAACAUAUUAAUGAGAAUAUAAUAUAAAAUAAAUUGUUUAUGUUAUGCUUA